UCUUUUAAUUUCAGUCUUGUCACGUGUAGCUGAAGGUAGACGGCUGUUCUCGCCACCAUGAAGAACCUUACGGUGGACCAGAUUUCCACUGACCAUGUGACAUUGUUGGCCCAGGAGUAUUGGUCACCCAGCACUGCUGGCUCACACAAGCCUUUCAAUCCCCAAAUUAUUGAUGAAAUUUAUUGUCAGGAAAUUCGAGAAAGCAACUUCUCGAGUCGCCGCAUUGUUGUGCUCGAGCUCAGCCAGUACUUAGAGCAAUACUUGUGGCCUCAUUAUUCGUGGCAAGCCUCAUCUUAUCACAUGUUUUCCGUUGUCGUCAUCAUCAAUGAAAAAUUCCGUGAGAGGAUCCCAGCCUGGGAAUCAUUUGAACGAAACCCUGAACCAUUCAAAGCAUUCUUCAGACACCUGUCCUGUGCAUUACUAGACGAUACAGACCAAUUUUCGCUGCGGGAACAGACAAACCUGACCAUUUUCCUCAACCACAUCUACAACACAAUUGAGAGUGACCUGAUCAGGGAAGAGAUCAGCCGUACAAUAUCGUACAAUAUUCUUACAUGUUUGUCCGAUGGACAACUUCAGAACAUGUUAAAAGAAUUUCCAUUGCUCGCCAAAGGCCUCAAAAGAGCUGAAAAGUCCCUAAACAAGCUUGAGGGACAGGAAAAACAACAGUACGAGUUUGAUACUCGUUUCCUCUACAGACUGCUUAACAAGUUUCUGAACAUUUUGUCAGCUGUAGGUCCCUGUGAUACUUCAGUUAGCAAAGACCUCUUGCAGUAUUGUGAGAGAUUCAUUGAGCUCACCAUCGACCUGGAGUCACAAUUGCCAACGCGACGUUAUUUUCACGCUCUUCUAGAAUCCCUUAAUUUCGUGGUUAGAUGCCAAGUUUCUUGCCUUGCCAAUCGGAGGGAGGGUAAGCUUUUUGCACAACUUGUGUAUAUCCUGAAAGUUUUCAUGGAGUUUGAAAUCAACGGAUUCACUGGCGAAGCUCUCACCGAAGUCAAUGUCAUGAAGCAGCACUACGCUAAAAUCCGGGACCUACAGUUGAUUAUCUUCAACAAUUUUCAAGACAUGAAUGAAUUUUGCUUCCUGAAUGUUGCUUCGGUCGACACAGCUGAAAAAUUGCGGCAUUAUUUAGGCCAAAUGUCUGACAAAGAUCUUCAAAAAUUGUGUGACCUGUUGCACAUUUUACCUCAGGAAGAAAACCCACUUCAUCAAGAUCGCGAAUUCUUGACCGCUGUGUUGGUAGCGCGAUAUCAACGUCGCCCCUCGCAACUAGAAGCUAUCAACCGAAUGCCUCUGUACCCGACAGAAGCAAUCAUCUGGGAUGACAACAUUGUGCCUUCCGAAUAUUUCUCGGGUGACACUUGUUUGGCUUUGCCCAAGCUCAACCUUCAAUUCCUUACGUUGCACGAUUACUUAUUGCGUAAUUUUGACCUCUUCAGGUUAGAAUCUACGUAUGAGAUUCGUCAGGACAUUGAGGAUAUUGUUUCUCGCUUGCGGCCGUGGCAGUCAGAAAGUGGCAGCAUUCUUUUCAAUGGAUGGGCAAGAAUGGCCCAAGUAAUAGUAAACUUUGCCGUGUGUGAAGUGGCUCAGCCUAAUGUUGGAGAAGACAAACCAUCAAGAGUGCGCGCCGAUAUUACUGUUAAUUUGAACGUGCGCCCUGAAAUAAAAAACGAAUGGGAAGCGCUACGAAAACACGACGUCUGUUUGUUGCUCAGUAUCCAGAAUCCGAAAGAAAUGCCUGACUCCGAUGGCAUGUUUCCUGAAGAAUAUGGUGUCAGGUGCGUUCGAGGUUGUGAAAUUGAAGGAAUGCUCGAUGAAAACGGCCGUGUCAUCGAAGAAGGUCCCGAACCGAAACCUGAAAUCAAGGGCGAUACCAGAACAUUUCGCGUCUGGCUCGAUUGCAAUCAGUACAAAAAAGAUCUCGACGAGUCGUCUAAUGACGAUGUGUAUCAAACCUUCAAUGUGCUGAUGCGCAGAAAACCAAAGGAAAACAAUUUCAAAGCUGUUUUGUCCACUAUCAGAGAUUUGAUGAAUACGAAAUGCGUCGUACCAGACUGGCUAGAAGACAUAAUUUUAGGCUUCGGUGACCCUGCGUCUGCUCACUACACUAAACGCAAAAAUGCUGCACUCAAGCUGGAUUUCAACGACACUUUUCUUGACUUGAAUCACCUGCGAAACUCCUUCCCAUCGGCGCAAGUUAAACCUCUAAACGGGGCCGAGUUCCCUCCAUUCAAACUGUCGUUUAAAAAACUUUCGUUAGACAAGGACAACAUCAUGGAAACUGAUGCCCCUAUUUUGGAAGAAAUCACUGUUGAAAGUUACACUAUCCCCAACAGAGGACCAUAUCCGUACACUGUGCCCAAGAAAAACUGCGUACUUUUCACCCCCACGCAGGUGGAGGCUAUUCGUUCUGGUAUGCAGCCUGGCCUUACAAUGGUCGUUGGACCUCCUGGCACUGGCAAAACAGAUGUGGCUGUACAAAUUAUCUCUAACCUCUACCACAACAAUCCUAACGAUCGCACACUGAUCGUCACUCACUCCAAUCAGGCCCUCAAUCAGCUGUUUGAGAAGAUCAUGUGUUUGGACGUCGAUGAACGGCACUUGUUGCGUUUGGGUCACGGAGAAGAAGCGUUGGAGACCGAAAAAGAUUUUAGUCGAUAUGGACGUGUAAACUACGUUCUGAAUAAGCGGCUGGAACUGCUAGAUGAGGUAACUCGACUCAAAGAAUCGCUCGGGGUGCGAGGUGACAUGGGUGCAUCGUGUGAGACGGCUGGGUACUUUUUCUUGCAUCACAUCUUAUCCGGGUGGGAGAAAUUCCAGAGUCUUGUGAUGCUAGCGCCGGGAAAUCCAGUUGCUGUUUCGGAAGUGAAAGAACAGUUCCCCUUUCAUGUGUUCUUCAGUAACGCUCCUCAACCUCUUUUCAAGGAACGCAGCUACGAAGAAGACAUGGAGAUUGCAAGGGGCUGUUUCCGUUAUCUUCAGAACAUUUUCGUUCAAUUGAAGGAGUUCAAAGCUUUUGAAAUGUUGCGGAGCGGCCUAGACCGAACGCGCUACUUGCUCGUCAAAGAAGCCAAAAUUAUCGCUAUGACGUGCACACACGCUGCACUCAAGCGCCACGAGCUCGUCGAACUUGGCUUCCAGUUCGACAACAUCCUUAUGGAAGAGAGCGCUCAGAUUCUGGAAAUUGAGACCUUCAUUCCACUGCUUCUGCAGAAUCCCGAAGAUGGUCGAAACCGCCUGAAACGUUGGGUAAUGAUUGGAGAUCACCACCAGUUGCCGCCUGUCAUCAAAAACCUGGCAUUCCAGAAAUACAGCAACAUGGAACAAUCUCUCUUCUCAAGGUUCGUGCGGCUGGGGGUGCCCACUACACAGCUCGACGCUCAAGGCCGCGCGCGGGCAACGCUGUGCGAGCUCUACAAGUGGCGCUACCGCAACCUGGGCAACCUGCCACACGUCGUGUCUGGUGCGGAGUAUGUGAUCGCAAACCCUGGACUCUACUACGACUACCAGCUCAUCAACGUUGAAGACUUGGACGGUAAAGGAGAGACCGAACCGCGCAAGUAUUUCUAUCAGAACCUUGCAGAGGCGGAGUACGUCGUGCACCUUUACAUGUACAUGCGACUCAUCGGGUAUCCCGCCGAGAAAAUAUCUUUGCUCACCACCUACAACGGGCAAAGAGAAUUGUUGCGCGAUGUGGUGGAACAAAGAUGUGCCAGGUAUCCCAUGCUGGGACGUCCGCACAAGAUCUCUACUGUCGACAAAUAUCAAGGUCAACAAAAUGACUACAUAUUGCUGUCACUGGUGCGUACGAAGGCUGUUGGUCAUUUGAGGGACGUGCGUCGUCUCAUAGUGGCCAUGUCCCGCGCUCGCUUGGGUCUUUACGUGUUUGCCCGAGCGUCGCUUUUCAGUAAUUGCUAUGAGCUUCAGUCUGCUUUUGCCCUGCUGUCUCGCCGUCCUCUUGAGCUUCACACGGCUCCUUGGGAGCGUAUGCCGGGUACUCGAGCCUCAGGUAUGUUGCCUGAAGAGCCUCCUGUAGUCAUCCAAGACGUGACGCACAUGAGUAACUUGGUGCACCAGCUGUACAAGGAGGCGUGCGACAGUCACAUGCAAGAACAACAUGCACGCCUCAGAGAGCAAAGCCUCGCAGCGCCCGGCACGCUCCAGCGGAGAGAACCUCAAUCAAAUACAGGUGCCAAGUAUGACUCUGAUCACGAAGAAGAAGAUGACACAGUUAGAAUUAUUAAUGAAGUUGACGAAUAGGUCCAAACUAAAUUUGUUUAGUUGUUGGUUAUAACCAAAACUUGAUUAGGCUUGAGCUUCAAUAGUUUUAAUUUUCAAUGAUGGUUUUAUAGAUUGUUUACAAAUGACGAAUCCUCAAAUUAUCCAUUCGAGAAUUAGAGUUUGAAUUAACUUUUGAGAAAUAAAUACAAAUUUGCAAAAAACUUUUGAAUAGGUGAAUGCAUGUUUUCGUAAUUGAAGUAACGUGUUCAAUAGUUCCUGAUUUUCAAAUUGGGGAAAUAUGUCCACUGUCGAUAAUCUAGUUUUGUUUUUAUUGUAUACUAUAACGUCAAUCAUGACCAUUUUUGCUAAGUAUACAGUAAAGCUUUUCA